GGGGAUGCGCAGAAGACAGAAGCGCGAGAGAGACGAGCUGAAACUUUCACCAGUUGAGGCUGAAAGUGACGCUGUUAACGAUCGUGAAUGAAGGAAAAAUGUGGAAUAUUUUCUUCGGAUGCCGUAUAUUUCCAGUCUGCAGAUCUGGUCCUGUGGGCGUCAGUAUCACACAGUGAUCACAGUUCACACCUGCAGUGAAGCCCCUCCCACAACAAUUCACCAAUAAAUACUGGGAAUAUUCACAUCAUCCUACAAGAGAAGGACAAACUCCAGGAGUAGCAGCUGAAAUCUGUGUGACUGUUAAAGAUGGAGUUUAUUAAAGAGGAGACGGAGUUUAUUAAAGAGGAGAUGGAGUUUAUUAAAGAGCAGACGGAGUUUAUUAAAGAGGAGAUGGAGUUUAUUAAAGAGCAGACGGAGUUUAUUAAAGAGGAGAUGGAGGUUAUUAAAGUGGAGAUUGAAGACAAGAGUGAUCCAGAACCAUCCAGAAUAAAACAUGAAGAUACUGAGGAACAAAUAGAUCGAAUGGAAGUGAAAGAGGAAAGACAAGAACUGGAGGAAUUUAAGGAGGAACAACACGACUUUAAAAUUCAAGAAACAAAAGCCAAAGAGCUGCCCACCUGCACUCUGUGUGGAAAGAGAUUCAGUCAAAAAGGAAACCUUAAGAGACACAUGAAAAUUCACACUGGAGAUAAACCUUAUACAUGCUUUAAAUGUGGAAAAAAAUUUUCUCAGGCAUCAGGUCUAAAACAACACCAGAAAGUUCAUUCAGAUAAGAAGCGUUAUGCGUGUUCUGACAGUGGAAAGCAAUUUUCUAAAGCCUCAGGUCUAAAACAACACCAGAAAGUUCAUUCAGAUGAGAAGCGCAAUGUGUGUUCUGACUGUGGAAAGAGAUUUUCUAAAGCCUCAGGUCUAAAACAACACCAGAAAGUUCAUUCAGAUAAGAAGCGUUAUGUGUGUUCUCUCUGUGGAAAGAGAUUUUUACGCCUGAACAGUUUUAAACUGCACCAGAAAACACAUGAUGAAGUGAAAGAUCAUGUGUGUUGUGACUGUGGGAAGAAAUUUACUACAGCUGAAUAUCUGAAACAGCACCAAAAAACUCAUCCUGCAGAAAAACCUCACAAGUGCUCAUAUUGUGACAAGAGUUUCACUCAGUCUGGAAAACUGAAAAAACAUGAGCGACUUCAUACUGAAGAGAAGCCGUACUACUGUAAUCAGUGUGAUAAGAUUUUUAGACAUUCUUGUAGUUUUCGCAGUCACAUGAAAUAUAAGCUGUGAGGCUGUUAGGCUGGCUCUUUUCUUUUUCUUUUUUUGGCUAGUAGAAGAUAUGAAUGGCCGGUAACUUU